AUAGCGGAGUAAGUGUCAAUCAGAUUCAACAAGGAAGAAUAUGUCUCGAGACGAGAUGAGAAAUGAGAGAGACGAGAGAGAUGAAAGAGAUAGGAGAUGUGAUGGGGAAAUUGAUAUGAUAUGGUUAAUAUUAUCAUGUCAUGUGUGGGUAGCAUGGCACUCUCAUUCUCAUCUUUAUUUAUGAGACAGAGUGAGUAUAAAGAGAAGCAAUGACACCAAUUCUGAUUCCCCCUCACUUUUGGCUUCUAAGUGAUUGCUGACUCCUUAUUUUCCCCUCUUCUUUCCUUUUUCUGCCUAAUAUUAUUAUUCUCUCUUCUCUCUUCUCUUUUCUGUGUUCAUGGAACCUCAACACCAACAAUCCCCAACCAAGUCUCGCUUCAGACGCAUCUGCGUUUACUGUGGUAGCAGCCCUGGCAGAAGCCCCAGCUACCAACUCGCUGCGGUUCAACUCGGAAAACAACUGGUGGAGAGGAAGAUUGAUUUGGUGUAUGGAGGAGGAAGCAUAGGGUUGAUGGGUCUAAUCUCACAAGUUGUAUACGAUGGUGGACGCCACGUGUUAGGGAUCAUUCCAAACACACUUAAUGCAAGAGAGAUCACCGGCGAGAGUGUAGGAGAAGUGAGAGCUGUAUCGGGCAUGCACCAACGCAAAGCAGAGAUGGCCCGACAAGCCGAUGCAUUCAUUGCACUCCCAGGUGGAUAUGGCACCCUCGAAGAACUACUGGAAAUUAUCACCUGGGCUCAGUUAGGUAUCCAUGAUAAACCGGUGGGGUUGUUGAACGUGGAUGGGUACUACAACUCGCUGCUGGCAUUCAUGGACAAAGCUGUGGACGAAGGUUUCGUAACACCUGCUGCCCGUCACAUUAUUGUUUCUGCCCAGACUGCCCAAGACCUCAUGUGCAAACUUGAGGAAUAUGUCCCCGAGCACUGUGGCGUGGCCCCCAAGCUAAGUUGGGAGAUGGAGCAACAGUUAGUUAACACUGCAAAGUCAGAUAUUUCCCGUUGACUAAAAAACAGAACAACAACGACAACAACAACACUAAUGCAUCAGCAAGGAGGAGCCUAGGUUAAUCUUAAAAUUUAGUGUAUAAGUAUAACCUCAGAUGAAAUGUUCCACAGAAUAGGUUUUUAGUUCACCUGUGGAUUUGUAAUUUAUUUGCCUUAUAAGCUUAUAUAUUCACUCUGCAAUUUUCUUUCUUCAUUGUUAGAGCACUGUGUAUUUUGAUUUCUUAGCUACCAACUAAUUGUGCAUUAGAAUUUGACUUCGAUGCUCCAAGAACAUAUAUGAAUACAGAGUUAUAUAUA